CUUGGUGGUUUGAUCUCAGAAUGCAGUGGAUUGCAGCCAUUACUCCAUUUUCAGUGCCACAGUCUGUGCGAAGAAGCUUUGGUAUGACCCCAAAUUCAGUGGCACACUGCAGUGUUUGGCACAUUGUGCGGUACCCAUAAUGCUGUCCAGGACCAUCCAACUCCUCAGUAAUUGCUGCCUGAACAAUGUCCAAAGGUUUUCUGGAGAUUGCCAACAGUGAGAAGAUUUCAUCCUCCCAGUCCUAAACCUGCUCGCCCAAAAAACGCAUCUAUAAUUUCAGCACAAGACAUGGGAAUCACUCAGGAGGAGUGGGAUAGACUUCGGAAGGCUUGUGACUGGCCCGGUCCAGAUGGAGAAAUCACUCGGCUGGAUCAGAGCACAAGUCCAGUCCACACAACAUUCUCUGUUGAGGGACUCAAUGACACGUACAAAGUGGGAGAUACGAUCCGCGUGACCAUCACAGCCAGAGACCACAACAACACCGUGAAAUCAUACGGAGGCGACUUUUUCAGAGCGAAGCUUUUGAAUUUGACCUUAAAGGCAGGUGUUUAUGGAGAAGUUGUCGAUCACAGUAAUGGAACGUACACUGUUGAUUUUCUGCUGCCCUGGGAAGGCCAAGCUCAAGUGGACGUGUUUCUGAUCAUCUCCAGUGAAGGUGUGCACGUUCUUAACAAAUACUUUGAGUCAAAGCCGCACAUCCGCUAUCACGGCUACUUCGAAGGGCCAGGAGCCGACGGAGUCAAGAUAGUUGAGAAAGUGGAAUGUAAUGUUAAAUGGGGCUCGGCUCACGCACACUGGAGUAAAGCAAACUGCUGCUGCGAGUAUAAGGAUGUGCAGACGGGUUCGGUGUGGCAGUGUGAGAGACCGCGCAAUCUUUCCUGCGACUACUGGGUGUAUCACGAACACGGUGAACAUCAGUUUCCAGCCACUCCUUUUGAGAGGCAACUUUUCUCACGCAAAUUAACAAACGUUGGUAUUGCUGCAGAGAAGCACAUUAUAACUGUCCUUCCCAACGCUUCAGGCAUUGGUGAACCGGAGAGAUGCAGACCCGGUCUGACCACACCAGUUCCUGCAGGUUUCUAUUUUCAAGAUGUCUGGAAGUCUUUUGUAUGUAACACUAGACGGUUUAAUUCUCAGCAAAGGACAUCUUGUCUUUCAAACAAGAUUCUUCACUUCUUGGGAGACUCAACCACGAGACAGUAUUUUGAGUUUUUGGAAAGAAAUGUGCCAGGUCUGAAAAGAAUGAAUCUUUACACUCAUCACAAGAAUGGACCGCUGAUGGCUGUGGAGUUAAAAAACAACAUCAUUAUGCACUGGAGGACACACGGUUUUCCUUUGCGAUUUCCAAAAAUGCCAGCCAGCGACCUGCAUUACAUCAGCACUGAAAUGGAUUAUAUAACAGGUGGACGUGAAACAGUUGUUGUCUUCACAUUUUCUGCCCACAUGACUUUGCAUCCGCUAACGUUAUAUAUACAUAGAGUGGCUAAAAUUCGUGAAGCAGUGCUUCGACUACUGAAGCGUUCACCUGAGACCACCGUCAUCAUCAAGUCUGGAAACACGGGCUUAACAGCGAUGGAAUAUGGAAAUGAAUGGUACACCAGACAGUUAAACACGGUGAUGAGGGAGAUGUUCAGUGACAUUGAUAACGUGAUCUACAUGGAUGUCUGGCAGAUGACGUCAUGUCACUACACACAUGUGAACAUUCAUCCAGGCAAUGUUAUCAUCAGCAACGAGAUUGACAUGAUUCUGUCUUUUGUCUGCCCUUCCUGACACAUGCAAUGAAAAUAAUUGAUAUCAUUUACACCAAUGCACUUGUACGUUUCUUCUCCAUUGAAUAUAACAUUUUUCUUAACAUUUAUACAUUUAGGAUUCAUUAUUCUUUUUUAUUUAUAUAGCGCUUUUCACAAUGUUUCAUUGUUGCAAAGCAGCUUUACAGGAAGAAAGACAAAAAUAAAUUAAAGUUAGUAUUAGUCUUAAGAUAACAAGGGUCCAUCUUUGCUCUUGAUCGUUGACGGAGAUUGCCUGGGCUGGAGCUGGGAUGAUCAGUCAAAAUAUAAAUUGUAUUGUAUUGUUGCUAAAAGAUAAUGCGCGGCUUAAGCAAUCCUUCAGUUUUUGGUAUUCUGCGCAUGCGUGGUAUAGCCCCUCAUGAAAGCGUCACCAAGAGAAGCGCAAUGAUGCGCAUCACACUAGGGCUGUUCGAUUCCAGAAUUUUUCAUAAUCCCAAUUUGGAUUCCUGGCUCCCGAGUUGAAAGCUUUGAUUCCAGGAUUUAUUCCUUGCUGUUGUUUUAUCUAUACUUUCCACUUUUCCAUGUCGAUCUUGUCACGAUCCAGUCUAUGUUUGCCCUGUGUAUUAUGGACUUUUAUAUUAUUUCCUGUCCUGUGCCAUGUUUUGUAGUCCUUUGUAGUUUUUUGUGUUAGUUGGUGUUUCCCAGGUGUUUCUUGUCAUGUUCUUAAGCUUGUUCUUCCCUGUGUAUAUGUGUGUAUGGAUUAUAAUGUCUUAUUAUAAUUAACUUAUUAUAACGAGAAGACGAGAAAGAGCAGCAGCAAUAAAAAUGUGAGUUUAUAAAGAGAAAUAGAGCUAUUUAAUCUCUAGAAAUCUGUGGGUCAUACUCACAGCAUUCAUUAUCAGGGGCGUGUUUACCAUUUUGGGGGCCCUAAGCAAAGUCAAGACCUGACAAAAAACAUGUUUGCUUGAAUUGCACAGCAGUAUUGAGUACAUGGAAUUAAUGAGACAUAUGUACAUUCAAAUAUAAACUGGAUUUAUUUUACGUUGAACCACAUAACGGCACAAAAUUCUCUACAGUUUGUUAUAAGAAUAAGCCUUCUUGGUUUUGGGAUGAAAAAGUGUCCUUUGUUUUAUUCAGAAUAAUACAGAAUGCUUUUAGCUACAGUAUAAGAAAGUAAAAGGUGCAAGAUUCUUCUUUUCAUAGCAUUGUUUUGCUAUAUUCGUAAAAUUAGUAUUAGAUUUCUUUUCUUUUGCUUUCUGUCAUGAUUCUGCCUCAUCAUGUCAUGUCUUUUUUGGUCUUGUGGCAGAAUCAUGGCAAAGCCUUAGGUUUUAUGUGGAGAGAGGCGUUUUGGCCCUGUAGGCCUUCCAUACACUCUCUCCGGUGUCGCGUCUUUGCCCCCUCACCUCUCAUUCUCUCGUUAGCUUCCCUUCAGUGUUUCAUCCCCGACACCUGUCCCUUGUUAAUUAUCCUCUGUUAGUCUCCCUAUAUAUUGCCCUCGUGUCUAUUGUCUUGUGCUUGUUCGUUUUGGCUGUGUGCUUGUCUUAUGUCUAUGGCUUUGUGAGUAUUACCUUGCCUUGUCUCAUCCUGCACUGCCUUGCCCUGCCUUGUCUUUUGACGUUGUGUCAUUGUUUAGUUAUUUAGUUAUUUUUGUCCUGCUGUUUUUGCCCCCACGUGGGAAGUGUUUUGGUUUCUGUUUUUAUAAUUAGUCCUGUCCUCGUUACCCCAUCGUGGGUGUUUUUUGUUUUAAUAAAUCUUUGUUAACCCCUUCA